AUGAAGAACUUGACCGCGCAGUCUGCAGCUGACGUGCUUUCAUCCUUGCCAACACCUGCAAUAGACAAGACUUACGGGGCCCUUCUGAUUGCAACGUACCUAGGAUUCAUAGUCUAUGGCCUCUCAUUGUAUCAACUCUAUAGAUACUUCCAGCUUUAUCCUACGGAUACCCGCCUUAUCAAAACCAUCGUGCUUGUCUUAUUUGCUCUUGACACAUUCCACAUCCUGUGCUGUGUCGUUGGCUGCUAUUGGCAUCUCGUCACCAAUUACUUCAAUCCAUCCAGCCUCGAUGACAACCAUUGGUCAAUACAACUCUUGCCUCCUACUGGCGUUGUUAUCAUCCUCAUCUGCCAAGCAUUCUACGCCCGUCGAGUGUACCUAUUGGAGUCACGGUACAGAUGGGUUGUAUCGAUUGCGGCCGUGAGCAUGAUCUCUUUACUCGGGUUCUGCACUGCAUCUACUGUCGAAUCAUUCCUCGCACCAAACGUUGUCGCAUUCCGGAAGAAGAACUGGCUCUUCGCAGCGAUGUACGGUUCUGCAACGGCGACAGACGUCGUGUUGACGAGCUCACUGGUAUUGGCGCUUUGGAGGAGCCGUACUGGCUUGAAGCGUGUCAACACGUCCCUGGGAUUUCUAUUUACGGUUAUUCUACCUGGUAAUCUGAUAUUCAACAGCGUGGCUUCUCUCAGCGUGAAAGUAUACGUCGUCUCAAUGCUUUCAACGUGA